AUGGACUCGGAAUCCCCCAAGCGCGGUGCCGACGUUCCGGAUCCGCCUCGGAGCAAGAAACGAGCCAAGUACACGCAGGUAGCAUGCAAUGAGUGCAAGCGGCGGAAACUGAAAUGUAGCGGGGAGCCGGUCUGUUCGCGUUGUGCCCGUGACAACGUUGAAUGCGUCUAUGUUCCCAACACACAUGCACUUAGUAAUAGGACGAUUUUGUCCCCAGAGGUGCAGGUUCACGAUGAGAGGUUCUCGAGCCGACUGAUUACCGUUGACUAUCAGAUCGAGGCCCUGCAGCGCGAGAUGCGAGCCAUGUCUGCUCGCCUGAGACAGCUUGAAUCAGCCUCCCCCUCAACGACAAACAAUACCCCGACAGCUAUCUCAACGGUGUCGUCUUCGUCAACGACCGCGGGAUUCCACCGCAUCAUGAAUCGCCCCCAGUCACCGUCUUACGUCGGUCCCACGAGUGCGGAGUUUGGCCUGACCGCGCGCCAACGGCACCCUGAGGACUUUGACAGCAGCGACGACCUCGUCUCGACGGCGGUGCAGAGCCCCGCCCCUCCGCUCGGAGACGAUAUUUCUCCUGACGAUCCGCUGGGGUGUCUAGGUCCCGCCGAGGCGCUCCGUCUCGUCGACGUUUACGAGAAUACGGUCGGGUUGAUGUACCCUUGCGUCGAUUUGGAAAGCGUGCGCGCGUAUAUUGCGGAGUACUUCCGGGAUAAGGACCGGGUGGGGCCAAGCUCACCGGCUACGCUGGACCAGGAGUGGUUCUUCGCGAGGGACAUCGAGGUGCUGAAGAUUCUGCUGGCGACGGCAUUGUUGGCCGAGUCACAUGGGCGUAGUGAGAGGGCGGCAUUGCUGGCGGAUAGCGUGGAGGAUCGGUUCGCGACGCGGCUCAAGGUCUAUGAGGUGGAUAUGAAGGAGUUGCUCAUUUUGACUUUGCUGUCCAUCUUCCAUUCCUACCGCGACGACGAAGUCAUCUCCUGGCGGCUCAUCGGCCUGGCGGUGCGAGGAUCAAUGCAGCUGGGCCUACACUGCCAAGAGACCUGGCAAAAGACCGGCGGCGUCUUCCCCGGCGAGCUGCAAUGCGAAUAUGCCAGCCGGCUCUUCUGGUGCAUCUACGUGCUCGAUCGCAAGUGGUCCUUCGGCACGGGCCUGCCAUUUGCUAUCCAGGACUCAGACAUGGACACCAACCUACCCGAACCGGGCACAAGCACCCCCUACCUCACUUGUAUGAUCAACUACGCGCGUCUGAGCACGAAGAUCUGGGGCCUAGUCGUCGGCUGGCGCAAUCGGCCCCGCGCCGCGACGGCUGACUACUGCUCCUACCUCGACUUCCAGGUCCAGCAAUGGGUCCAGUCCAUCCCCCCAGAGCUACGCUUCGACCCAACCCAGUCGCAACCCCAGUCUCAGCGCGCCGGCCGCGCCGCCAUGGUCACCCCGCAACCGCAAGCCCAAUCCCACACGCAAACCGACAGCAUGAUGAUGCUCCAAGUUCUCCUCGCCCUCCAGGCAAACCAACUCCGCAUCCUCGUCUACCGCCAGAACCUCCUCAGCAGCGAGAGCAUCGAAUCCAACGUCUCCGGCGCCUCGACCGCCGUCGAAACAGCCAAAAGCACAGUCCACAUGCUCGAUUUCUUCUCCCGCGUGUCGCCGCUCUACUUCCAGCGCCCGGAACCCUUCAAUUACUUCCUCAUCUCGGCAUUGGCGGCGCUGUUCCUGGCGGUCUUGCACGCCCCCGCGCGGUUCAGCCAAGUCUGUCGGCCCGAGUUCUACGCCGCCGUCGACAUGGUGCGGCGGUCGUCGACGCGCGCGCGCACCUCCCGCCGCUUGCAGAAGAUCAUAAAGAGCUUGAAGAUGAUCUGGAUGAAUCUCGGGGCGCAGAGGCCGAAGGAGUCAGUGCAGAAGAACGGGGCGAAUCGCCGCACUCCGCUUGGACUGGAUGCCACGGGGACCCCGCUGUCGAUGGGAAGUCAUGCCGAGUCGCCGUAUACUCAGAGGCCCGUGGUGGGUCUCCCCACGCCGCAGCACCCGGCGUCUGCGUACUUGCGCUCCAUGACAUCUCCGACGACGGUGCUGGCGGACGAGACCAGUUGCGAGGACCUGACGAGCUUCUUCGAGAUGGCGGGUGGCUUUUAUUUUGAUUCGAGAAUGGGGAAUGGGGGAGCGAGUGAUGAGCCACUGGUACCUGAUGCCGCGAUGGAGGGGUUUGAUGCCUUUCAAGCGGAGGAUGAGGCGUUGACGAGGGUAAUGGCUGGAUUAUUAUAG